AUGACGGUGGUCUCCGGAGAUAAUGUAGACGAGACCUCGGCUGUACCAGGCCACCCCCAGGAUGCUUACCCGCCACCUGACCACAAUGACCACGAGUGCUGUGAGAGGGUGGUCAUUAACAUUGCCGGUCUCAGGUUUGAGACGCAGCUCAAGACCCUCUCUCAGUUCCCAGAGACGCUGCUGGGCAACCCUAAGAAGCGUAUGCGCUACUUUGACCCACUACGAAAUGAGUACUUCUUUGACAGGAACCGGCCCAGCUUUGAUGCCAUCCUUUACUACUACCAAUCAGGGGGGAGGUUGCGAAGGCCCGUUAACGUACCCUUGGAUAUGUUCUCGGAGGAAAUUAAGUUCUAUGAGCUGGGAGUGGAUGCCAUGGAGAGGUUCCGAGAAGACGAAGGGUUCAUCAGGGAGAAGGAGCGGCCCCUGCCUGAGAAGGAGUUCCAACGUCAGAUCUGGCUUCUAUUUGAACACCCAGAGAGUUCGGGCAUGGCCAGGGGAAUCGCCAUCGUGUCCGUCAUGGUCAUCCUUAUUUCCAUUGUUAUAUUUUGUUUGGAAACUAUACCUCAGCUGAAGGAGGAACCCAUGGGCCACAUUGAGGCUGUCGGCAACAGCACCAUCUACUACAAACCUAAUAUCUUCACAGACCCCUUCUUCGUCAUCGAGACCCUAUGCAUUAUAUGGUUCUCCUUUGAGUUGAUAGUUCGCUUUCUGGCAUGCCCUAGUAAGCCAGCCUUCUUCAAGAACAUGAUGAACACCAUUGACAUUGUGGCCAUCAUCCCCUACUUCAUCACCCUUGGCACCGAGCUGGCUGAAGACCCUGACACCGAAGGGGUGGGAGAGCAGGCCACAUCUCUGGCUAUUCUCAGGGUGAUCCGUCUUGUCCGUGUGUUUCGGAUCUUCAAGCUCUCCAGACACUCCAAAGGACUGCAGAUUUUGGGGCAGACCCUAAAGGCCAGUAUGCGAGAACUAGGACUGCUCAUAUUCUUCCUCUUCAUUGGUGUCAUCUUGUUCUCCAGCGCUGUUUUCUUCGCCGAAGCUGAGGAUGAAGAUUCCUUGUUCAAAAGCAUACCUGAUGCAUUUUGGUGGGCAGUGGUGUCCAUGACCACCGUGGGCUACGGUGAUAUGGUGCCGGUCACCAUUGGGGGAAAGAUUGUGGGAUCUUUGUGCGCCAUUGCUGGCGUGUUGACCAUUGCGCUACCCGUGCCCGUCAUUGUGUCCAACUUCAACUACUUCUACCACAGGGAGACGGAAGGAGAGGAGCAGGCUCAGCUGCUCAAUGUCAGCAAUCCCAACAUCCCAUCCGACAGCAACUCUAGUCGUCGCAGCUCCUCCGUUGUCAGCAAGUCCGAAUACAUGGAGAUUGACGGUGACCUGAACAACAGUAUCGACAACUUCCGGGAGGCCAACCUCAGAACUGGCAACUGCACUAUAGCCAACCAGAACUGUGUGAACAAGAACAAGCUGCUCACAGAUGUUUAA